AAGUUUGGAUGUAUUUUAUUUACAUGAGUUUUGCAUACUAAAAUUCACCCAGGUGAUAGUACAUGAAAUCUACUGACCAUGCUGAUAUCUCUAUCCAGAAUAGGUUUCCUGAUAAGUCUGCAUGGAAACACAUAAUCUAACAAUGAUCAAUGAAUUCAUUCUCAUGGGAAUCACAGACCAUCCUGAGCUGCAGGCUCCAUUAUUUGGGCUCUUCCUCAUCAUCUAUAUGAUCUCAGUGGUGGGCAACCUGGGCAUGAUCAUCCUCACCCAGAUGGACUCCAGGCUACAAACACCCAUGUACUUCUUCCUCAGACACCUGGCUCUCACCGAUCUGGGUUAUUCAACAACUGUAGGACCCAAAAUGCUAGUCAAUUUUGUUGUGGAUCAAAAUACAAUCUCCUAUUAUUUUUGUGCUAUACAGCUCACUUUCUUUCUUGUGUUCAUUGUUAGUGAACUUUUUAUUCUAACAGCAAUGUCCUACGACCGCUAUGUGGCCAUCUGUCACCCUCUGCACUAUCCAGUCAUCAUGUCACAAAGGGUGUGUCAGGUGCUGGUGGCCAUCCUCUAUCUCUACAGCACAUUUGUGUCUCUUAUAGUCACCAUAAAGAUUUUUAGUUCGUCCUUCUGUGGCUACAAUGUCAUUAGUCAUUUCUACUGUGACAGUCUCCCCUUGAUAUCUUUGCUUUGCCCAAAUACACAUGAAACUGAAAUGAUUAUUCUGAUUUUAGCCGGUUUUGAUUUGAUUUCAUCCCUUUUGAUAGUUAUUGUGUCUUACCUCCUGAUCCUUGUAGCCAUCGUCAGGAUGAACUCAGCUGAGGGUAGACAUAAGGCUUUUUCUACCUGCGGGUCCCACCUGACAGUGGCCACAGUGUUUUAUGGGACUCUGAUAUUUAUGUAUGUGCAACCUGAAUCCAGUCAUUCCUUUGACACUGAUAAAGUGGCAUCCAUAUUUUACACCCUUGUUAUCCCCAUGUUGAAUCCCUUGAUCUAUAGCUUGAGGAACAAGGAUGUAAAAUAUGCAGGACAAAGGAUGUGGAAAAAAAUAUGUAAUUUUUUUUUCUUAAAAUGCACUGUCUAA